UAACCGAUCGGUUAGUCCAUUGGAAUUGACCAAUAGCAUUUGUUAUUUCACACAAUAGGCAAUGCGAUUAGUCAAUUCCAAUGGACUAACCUCUCGGUUAGCUCUAACCGAGAUUGGUGAAAGAGACCUUCAGUGAAAUAUUUUGUAUCGUUUCCGUACUUCUAAGGAAGAAGAAAGUUAGUGCAAUAUUAAAAAUUGAACUAAUUUUCACAGGGAAAUAGCAUAAUUGCUCUCAGUGUGUACCAAUGUCUCAUUAGUUUUUUCAAUGGAAAACGCUAUCUCUAUUUCAAACGCGCCUUGCUAAUUGCGUAUUUGGGUAUAUGCGUAUGUCAAUCAAAGACAUAACCUAACCUAACCAAGUGUUAAAAUUGAAACUUACGGCGUCAUAUAAUUACAAGAAAAUAUGAAACACACAGUAAAUCCUCCGUUCAGAGGAAAUAAUCUAAAAAAAGGAUAAAAACCAAUAAACUGGCACUACUUUAUUCUGACAGAAAACGGAAAUUCACGAUAACGAAAAGGAACAAGUGAUUAUUGUUUUAAUUGAUAUGUUCGUGUGAUUCUUGAAGGUUAUAUACUCAGAAAACAUUUUGCUGACCACUUGAUAUCUAUAUACUAACGAACAGAAACAUUAUUUUUGUAUCUGAAAAUAAUUGAGUUUAAUCAAUAGAACAAUAUAUUUGUUGCAGUUGUUUCUUUAAAUAUUAUAUAUAAAUAUCUGAUUAGACUAUUUUUACUAUUGGCGAAUUUACAAUGGCGAAAACAAUUACAAACUCUAUAUUGGAUAUCAGAUACAAAAGAAUAAAAAAAAGAUAAAAUAAGCAAAAAAUUUAGAUAAGAAUUACUCUGUUCUUUAAAUUUGAAUUUUCUUAAUCAUACAAGUUAAGAUGGAACCUGUGGAAUUUGUUGCUGUAGAAGAAGACACUAUUGACGAUCUCAGAAUCGAAAACAAUUGUUUACCCUUUGAUCCCUUUGAAGUAGAAGAGAGAAAGCAAGAAUUGACUGAUGCGUUAAAGUACUGCAUAGAUCUGUUGAAAGAUGCUCAGAUCAUUUCAGAUUUACAAAAUAGCAAUAAGACAAUCUCCAAACGGUCUCAACUAAUGGGAAAAGAAAUCCAGCGUAGGAUCAUGGAUAUGUUAUAUUUUAUGAAAUUUACGGAAGAUAAAGAAGAUGAAGUGGUUGUCUGUCAAGAAAAUUCAAUAUCCUAUUCACUGGAAAAUUCAUGUGACUCAAAUAGAAAAAAAUUAAAAAAUAACAUUAAAUCUGUUGAGAAGGAUGCAUCAAUUCUUAACCAGUCGUUUGAAUGUGUAGACAAAGAUCAAUCCAAUGGAUUAUUAAAUGACAAAAAUUCAAUAAAGACUAGAAAUACAAAGAAUGGAACAUCAAAUAAGAUACCAAGGCAACGUACUUCAAAAACUUCUCAAAAAGAGGAAAGGAUGUCAUGGGAUGCAGCAAUGAUGAUACAAGCUAUUAAUUGUGUGAAAUCGAAAACAUUAGGUUAUACAAGAGCAGCAAAUUUGUUCGAAGUUCCCAGAACUACUCUUCGGAGACUGGUUGCAAGAGAAUUGUCAUCGAAAGAAUGUGUAGAUACAACAUUGAAACAAAAAUCUAUAAUGCCUGCAGAAAUAGAAACACAAUUACUAGAUUAUACAAUGUUAAUGAAAAAACAAUUUUUUAAUGUAACAAAUAGUGAUGUGAGCAAGAUGGCUUACCAAUUAGCUAUAAGAAAUAAAUUAAAUAAUCCUUUGGAACACAAUGAGGAAGAUAGUGCAGCUUGGUUUGAUGAUUUUAUGAGGAAACAUUCAAACUUAAUUAUUCAUAAACCACGUGAUAAAUCAAACUUCAAAACAGGUUUUAACAAAGACUCUGUAUCUGCAUUUUAUAAAAUGUUGGAAAAUGUGUACAAGGAACACCAUUAUAAAGCUAAUCAUAUAUUUAGUGUCGAUGAAACUGCUUUCACCAUACCAGCACACCUUAAGAGAGUUCCACAAAUAAUUGACAUAAAAGGAAGAAAGCAAGUAGGUUCGCUCACUACUGCUGAAAAAGAAUCUCUUAUAACAGUUAUUUUUUCCAUGAGUGCAGGAGGAACAUUUAUUCCACCGAUGUUAAUAUUUCCUUAUAAAAAUAUGACAGAUAGUUUAAUGAAGGAUGCACCUCCUGGGUCUAUUGGUAGAUGCCAUUCAUCUGGAUGGGUACAAACCGAUUUAUUUAUAGAAUGGUUCGAACAUUUUAUCAAAAAGGCAAAGCCUACAAAAAGAUCUCCUAUUCUUUUAAUUUUGGACGGCAGCUAUCCCCAUUCAAGGAACAUAGAUGUAAUUGAUAUUGCACGCAAAAAUUAUGUUACUCUUUUGAGUAUACCACCUCAUACCACUUACAAAAUGCAGCCUUUGGAUCGCACAUUUUUGAGACCGUUUAAACAAUAUUACAGUGAAUAUAUUUGUGCUUGGCAUCGAGACAAUCAACGAACAAUGAAACAGUAUGACUUAGUUGAAAUGUUAGGAAAAGCCUAUCUUCGAUGUGAAACGCGUCAAAUUGCUGCUAAUGGUUUUAAAGUAACUGGAAUUUAUCCAUUCAAUCGUCAUGUUUUUUCUGACAGCGAAUUCAUCGCAUCCACUCCAGAAGAAAAAAAUCUUGCAGAUUCUACAGAUUGUAUGUCAUCUAAAAGAGAAAUGACUAGUUCUAUCACAAAAGAACAUCAGCAAAUAGAAGAUUUAUCGCAACCUAGUUGCUCUAAAGAUAGUGGAGCGAAACAAAAUGAAAUGAUAAUGCCUGAAGAAAUAUGGCCGGUUGUACAAAUUAAAUCUAUCCCGGGCCGCAAACUUUCAAAGUUAGCAAUGUAUACAUCUUCUGAAUAUCAGGAAACAUUAAAAUUAUCUUUGAAGAGUACAGAGACAAAGAAAAAUCUUAAAGAGAGUUCAGUACUAUUACUGAACAAAAAUGUAAAGAAAAUGUAAAAAAAGGGAACUAGAAGAUGUCAGUAAUGUUGAUGAAGAGAGUAAUAACUCUCUCUUUUAUAAACUUGGAAUUUGAACUUUCACCCAAUGAAGUUGUUCCAGCUGAAGAAGAUGCCAUCUGUAUAUCUUGUAAUGAAUCAUUUUUAGAAAUCGUUAAUGUCCAAUUUCUUUUUACCUCUAAAUAAUUUUAUCAAUAUAUUUUCCAGGGAAUAUGGUAUUUUCUAGUGAAAUUCUAAUACAUUUUGUGUUAAGGCUCCUGAUACCUCAGCCGAGAACUCCGUGUUGACGAUAACAACAUUCCGUCGCGGAUAAAAUUAGAACUAAUAGAUGUGAAACGUGACAGAUUGACGAUGUCGUGCAUAUUAUUUUGUUAUUAUGUGUUUUAUUGUGAAAAUAUGACUUGUCUCGUAUUUACCAAAUUCGUAAAAAUAAACCGCAAUUAAAGUUUCUUUGAAUUUUAUACAUAAAAGUACAUUUUUCACUUCUUUCAAUAGCUAUCCAUGUGUUUUCCUGACUGAAUAUGCGUCACUUCACGUGCUUUUUACAACUACUUACUGAUUGUUAGGCGAAAAAAGGAUAGUCUCGACCCAUUUUUACAAGUGUUUUAAAGCCAUCUGAUUAGUCUGUUUUAUCCAAAAUUGUUUUUAUUUACAAAUAGCACGUCGGACAAAAUUACAUGUCAUUUCACGCAGUUUCACGUUUCUAACAUCAUGACUUCAAUAUAGCCGCGAGUAGACAGGAGCCUUAACAAUAUAAAGAAAAACUACGAUACGUAGUCAGAUACGUAAUCAGAGGUUUUAGUAAAGAAAACGAAUUUUUUAAAGAUAUUUAAUAAAUAUCUUUAUCUGAAAGAUAACUAUCGGAAGGUGUGAAGAAAUUGGACAUAAGGCAGAGAUAAAGAGAUACAAUGUCUAAAGAAAACGCAUUAUGAUUAAAACGCAGACGCAUAUUGUUCUGAAGCAGAAAAAGAUGAACAAAUUUAUGAUUUUGCAAACAAAUGUUUUUUUUUAAUUUCAAUAAGAAUAAGUUUUUCUUUUAUUUGAAAAUUUUAUUUGAAAUAAAAUUUUGUAAUUCAAAUAACAAGACUAAGCAAUUAAUGUUUCAAUUCAGUUUAAAAAUCUCCAAGUUUGUAAAAAUCGUUUUUUAACAAUUAAUCUAAUCUUAAUAAAUAUAGUGUUUACCAGUUGUGACAUAAGUCAAUAUCUACUUCUAUUUAGCUUUAAAAUUUACGAUAUUUUCAUUCAUUAAAAAAAAUUGAAAUAACUAAUAUUGUAUCUGAUUUUAUUGAAUCGAUUAUUUAUUCUUUUUAGAUACAAAAAAAGAGAUAAACUGUGCAAGAAAUAAAAUUACAAAGAAACAAACUAUUAACUUGGUAUUAUGUCGAGUCAACAAAUUGAACACGUUAUAAGUAAUCAAUAAUUAAAUUCAGUUAAAAAAUUUAAAAAUUUGAUAGAUACAUUUAAUUUAUUGAUUUUUGACAAAGAAAAAUAGAGUUAUGUGUGGAUAAAACAAAAAUGUCAAUACUUAAUGAAAAAAAAACAAAGGAAUUAUAGAAAUGGAUAAAAAGAUAAAAGAGCUUUUUUCAAAUAUUUAAUUUUAAAAUGUUUAGAUUUUACAUUAAAAAUUAAUUAAAAAGCAUAUUAAAGGUUGACAGGAGUGGGCCAACUUAUCCACACCUUAUUUAUAAUACAGAUAUAUAUUUGUUUCAUAUUUUUUUUGUACAAAAAAUAUUUUGCUAAUAGAUUUUUAGUUUACUUUUUACAAAACUAAAAAGAUUUUGUAAUUCUGCUUUGAUACAUAUUAUUGCGAUAUUUUUUAUUUGCGAUGUGUGUGUAUAUAUAUAUAUAUAUAUAUAUAAAUCAUGUUCAAACAUCGUGUUUUGUAGAACUAAUUAUAUUUGGUCAUUAUAAGCCUUUUUUUCUGUUUAUGUUUUACGAAAUUGUGAAACUGUUUACAGGACCACAUUUUGCAAUUUGACCUUAAAACAUAAUAAAAUUAUCUGCAUCUCAGGUAUAGUGUGAUGCAAUGAUUCGAGAAGCCUAGUAGAUGGCUGACUUAUCGACGCCACAGUCUAACAUUAUACAAUAUAUGCUAGACUGUAGCGUCGGUAAAUCAACCAUCUACUAGACUCUUUGAAUUAUUGCACCGCACUGUACAUUACAAUGCAGAUUGAGUAAGAUAUCAAGAUAAUUUUUUUUAAAUUAUACUUUAAAACGUUAUAGGCAAUUUUGAUUACAAAUAUAGUAAUUAUAAUGCGAUUUUAGUCAUCUCUUAGAAUAGUAAUUUGUCUCCGGCAGAUAUCUCUAUAGUUUUUUUUUACUGGCCUUUAGGGGAUGCUAAAGCUAUCCUGUUUUACCGAUCAAACACUUUUCAGUACACUAAUUAUUUUUACAAAUUUAAGAGGUUGCUAAAGCUGUCAGUUUUAUCAACUGAACAGUGACUUGCACACAAUUUACAAUAUAUGCAUACGAUUUACAAUACAUGUGUACGAUUUACAAAACUUUAUUACGUCACUAUAUACUACUACAUCAAUAUCGUAUAUAUGUAAAUGUACAAAUUUUCAAGCAUUCUAAAUCUUUCAUAUUACUUAACUGUCCAAGCCAAAUUCUGAGAACUCAAUGCAAUGUUGUUUUUUCAUGAAAUCCACAAAUCAUUUCCAUUUUAUACAAAAAACUACAAAAUUUUGCUGCGAAGUAAAUUUUACAACGCUAACAGAGAGAGAAAGAGAGUGUGUUGUAAAUGUCACAUUACACAAACUUAAUACUUAUUAUUUUUAAAAGAUAAUAUAUACAAUUUACAAACAUGCAGCUGCAUAUUUUUUAUAAUUAUGCGUUUUCUUUGCACUAAUUGAUUGAUCUCAUUAUUCUGCGUAUUAUGAUAAAAUUAUUAAACAAUGAAAUAUUUUACGAGAUGUUUCGUAUUUUAUCAAAAUAUGCAAAUGUAAAUGAGGGGCCAUAAUACCACCUUCUCCUCUAUUAUUUAUGAUAUACAGAAAUUGAAUGUUCAUGUUACUAUCAAUCAAAAUAAUAGUUUAUUACCGCAAAGUAAUAUCGAUAUAAACAUUGUCAAUAAAAUAUUUUUUGAUGAUUUUAAUCCAUGGUAUUAAUAUGAAAGAGAAUUUUGUCGAAUUAUUUAUAAUAUAUAAUUAUUGAAUAAAGAAAAAAAAUAUUAA